AUGGCGAGCGAGGACGUCCUUUCUGCAGCUCAAAUUCCCCUCCCAGGAACCAGUCCAGAGGAUGACGCCUACUGGGUCGGUUCGCCUGACUAUCGAUCUGAGUCAAGCACAGGCAUGUUUUGCUUAGAAUCGCAUCGUGAAUCCAGUUUUGACUAUCUGAAAGAUCCCGUUGGAAAGAGCACUUUCUAUCAAAAGUUCAAGAUAGAUUUCAAAGAACCCGUUGGGAAUCUGAGCAUCUCCCCCGCUGGGCGUGACGUCGUCCUCGCCGCUCGGAAAGGGCUCUUCAUCAUUGACCUUGAGCAGCCCUAUUCUUCUCCACGAUUUCUUCCGCAAGGCGGAACCUGGGAAGUCGCCGACGUGCAAUGGAAUCCCCAUCCUUCCCGCGCCGAGCUGAUCGUCAGUACCUCAUCGCAGAAGCUCCUCAUAUGGAAUCUCUACCUCUCUGGCAAGAGCAGCAUAGAUCAGAUUCUUCAUGCACACUAUCGCGCGAUUACAGACUUGAACUGGCAUGCGUACGAGCCCGAAAUAAUUGCGAGCUGUGGCAUCGAUAGCUGGAUCUGGAGCUGGGAUUUAAGGCAGGGGCCGAAACCGGCCAUGGGGUUUUGUGCCUGGAAUGCGAGUGCAACCCAAGUCAAAUGGAACCGGCAAGACGAGCACCUCCUUGCCUCGUCGCAUGACAACUACGUUCUCAUCUGGGAUAGGCGUAAAGGCUCCGUCCCGCUCAUCACCAUGCGCGCACACGAUACGAAGAUAUACGGAAUCGACUGGUCUCGCCGGCGGCGGAACGAGCUCGUCACCUGCUCGCUGGAUAAGACGAUCAAGUUCUGGCGGUUCGAUGAGAUGAGCCGGUUACCGCAUGCGCCACUGGACAACCUGCCGCGUUCAACCUCCUUAGAAGAGAAAGAAUUUACUCCAACGGGGGUCAUUAAUACAGGUUAUCCUAUCUGGAGGGCGAGGCAUUUGCCAUUCGGCCAUGGCGUCCUGAGCAUGUCUCAGAGGGGCGAGAACACUCUCGAUAUGUGGAGCUAUGGCGCGCCAAACAAACCCGUUUACCAAUUUGAGGGUCACACGAAUGUUGUAAAAGAGUUUGUAUGGCGAACCAGGGGUGGAGCAGACCUGGAUCACGAUGACCGUGAGUUCCAGCUCAUCACCUGGUCUAAAGACCACACCCUCCGUGGCUGGCCCCUCGAUCGCUCCGUUUUAGAGAAAGCAGGUUUCCGGCCGGGCGCUAAGAUUAAAGUGAUCCACUCGCGCCGAAAUGCGCCGGAUAUCUCCUUUCGCGUGCCACCUCAGCAGUCGCCGACAAGGAAGAUCACUUUCUCAGCCCCCAUGGUGGGGAGGUCCAUUCUCGCUGGCGUCCGUGCGACACCACAGCAAGGAAAUAUGAAGACGCCUAGAAGCGGUAGCGAUAGGGAGGCAGUGGGAAAGAACGGACACAGGACAAAGCCCAAGAAAGCAACUUUCCAUGAUGGAGGCUUCAUGACCCGAGGGCAUACUCGCGGUCGACCCGCGCGUGGGGGUCUGGAUCAAAUGACAUGGAUAUCCAGUGUGCGUUUGGAGAAGCAGACGAUUGUUGAUGCAACUCAAGUUAUGCAAGACUCCCCUGAGCUGCCAGAAUCUAGGAAUGACUCUGGGGGGCAGUCUCCAUCCAGGGCGAGCUCGCUCGGUAAAGGGAGCACGAGAGGAGGGCGGAGCUCAAGUAGGGAGCUGGCGGAGGAUAGGCCGUCGGAUAUCGCCCAGGAAAUGGCUGCUGUCGCACAGACUUUUUCUCCGAGGGUUAAAUUCGAAAAGAUUGAUGUUACUGCUAGGACAUGUACCAUCUCCUUACACGGGCCAUGGCUAGAGUCCGACCCGGUCUUUCUGCGCGUAGCAUUCACUUUUCCGUCCAACUAUCCCCGCUCUAGCAGCCUUUCAAGCACACCACAUAUCGAGCUUGAGAAAACUUCCACUCUCCCUCUUCGAACUCGAGCGUAUUUGCUCCGCCAUCUGAGAGAGCUUCGCAUGCAGCGACGCCCGUGUCUCGGGGCUUGCGUGCGCUUUCUUCUGGGCAUGCCGGACAUGGACGGCAGAUUUGGCACGGUCGAUCUAUUUGAUGACGAUGAGGAGUCGGACGAUGAGGAUCGUGGGAGACAGUCUGCUCGGGAGGUAAUGGCGAGGAAGUUCAAUCUGAAUGUUCCGACUGCGCGUAGAGGUGGGGCAACGUUUGGGCCUAACGGUGAGCUUGUGUAUUUUUACGCACCACCCCUUCGUAUCCUGGCAGCGGAACGCCUCAAGACCUCUCGAUCUCCUUCGACCGUCUCUCGCAACACUACUGUAUCGGAUACAGCUAGAAGGCGAGAAGCGGAAGCCAACCCUCUCAGCAAUGCCAUGGCUGGCUUGCUUCGCUUGUCGCAAACACCGGGAGGGAAGGAGACCGAGCCAGUGACGCGGACAAUCACCAGUGCGCUUCCCGCAGAGGUUUCGCAGAAUUUGCUCGCAUCUGCCACAAAAAUCCGUGCGAGAGGCUCUGGACCUUCAAAUGAUUCUGGAGACCGUCUCGCGAUCCAAACCACCGUGAUAUCUCCACCAAAGGUCUUCAUCAGGGAUGUCUCGCACAUUAUCCCUGGCGACAAGGAACUAGCGAAGGACUUAUCCUGUCGAAAGGGUGACCUGGCGGAGAUGUGCGAGAUUAACAUUGCUGUUGCACGCAAACAUGGCCGACCAGAUCACGAACGCAUUUGGCUGGCCUUCCUCGCCAUUGUCACCAUCACUUCCGAGAGACCCGAAGGCUCCAAACGGGGCACUUGGUUCUCUGCUACAAAUCCUCUAGCUCAAGAGAUUGUUAAGACAUCCCUCUGUGAAGCCGAGUCAUCAAAAGACGUCCAGAUGCUUGGCAUGAUUGCUUGUCUCUUGCUGCAGAGUCGUGGCAGAAAACGGCCACUCCAGGAGAUCCCGAGCACCCCAAAGUUCGUAUCCAAGCCAUCUACAAGAGCGUUCUCUUUGAAGUCCCCUAUGGAGAUUCGACUCCAAAUUCCACCUCCAACUCCUCCCCAUCUGCAGACGUCUCCUAAUCUCAACAGCCCGAGUCCUCCUUCUGUUCCUUCCACAUCGUCGCGUAACAGCAGCUCGUGGUCUAGCUUGGCGUCGAAGCUUCUGAGAGCAGCGACUGAAACAACGCCGCCACCUUCCAGUGCUUCUCGCACAAGAACAUUAUCCCAGGAAACCAAACCUGGAUCAUCCCCGGAACGAGCACCAAAUUCUAUCCCGGUCAAGUCACCAUGGAAGGCGUCCCAAGCGCGGCUCACGAGACUUGCGGAUCGGAUCACUAAUGAUGCUACUUCGCCUACAGGAUAUAAAUCGCACACCGACCCUGUUAAAUCCCUUGCAAGCAAUACGGGCAGGAUGCUGGUGACCUUGACGUCAGAAGGCCAUCAGAGUCAGCGAGAAUACUCGAUGAAGACAUCCAAGCUGAGACCCACGCCAGAGCAUCCUCAGAUGACGUUACAGUGGCACGGGGCACCGAGGAUGCCUAAGUCUUCCUUCUUCACCCCCCUCGUUGUGAAUCAGCUGGAAGACUAUGUGAGAGCAUACGCGGAGCUUCUAGUGCGAUGGCAAUUGUUUCAACGACGAGCUGAGCUCUGGGAAGCAAGCUUUCCUAAUUCUAAAUCCCAAGAUGUCCGGAAUCUUGUCCCGGAAAGCGAGGAGAGCCUUGGUUUAGAGAUGCGUUGCCAACGAUGCCACCGAUUGGGUGUCGUCAGGGUGGGUGGAAAGUGCGCCAUAUGUCAAGUGACAUUUACGAGACCCAAGUGCGCAUUCUGCCGAUUACCGGUCAGCAGAUUGGACCGCAUCUGCCUACUUUGUGGGCAUUGCAUGCACGAUCAGUGCCGUAAUCUGGUUUUGAACCGGUUGGAAUCAGCAGACAAGUUCGUUUGUCCUUCCGGCUGUGGGUGCCGCUGCGAUUCCUGCGGAUUGUUCUACUCCCAUGAGGAAGACACGCAAGAGGCAGACAUCACGUUGCGAAGCGCCUCUCCUGAUACAACUGGCUCGGCAAUGCUGACGCCAAGAGGACGGUCGGUGGUCAGACCAGCGAUGACCUCCUGAUAAGAUGUGAUCGGGCUCAAGGCGGGCUCGGCGGCUAAUUGGGAAUUUGGGUUGGGCUUCCCGAUUCUGUUGCUUUUCUUUUUGUCGUGAAAGUCAGCAGAGUUGUCCAUCCUAAGGACAACUCAUGUAUUUGGUAGCAAAUUUUCCUGUAACCCGGUGAAUCCGGGUGGGCACGUGUUUGACUAAGAUGUCGGAGGUUGGUAUUUGGAUGAGAGUGGGGUAGGGCAUCCGUUAUAAUCCGCUCGAUCUUAAGGAGGGAAGGUCCGAAGGGGGGUAUUCGGGAAGGUAGAGGAGGAGAAUUGGAGGGCGAGAGGGGUUUAAGGGGAAUACAUGUUGUGCCCGCUCGAAUCCCGAGGGUUUGACAGGCGGGUCAAGGGCGGGCGCGAAGGUAGUGCCUACUGUCACCAACUCGACCGCCGCUAUGCACACCCUCUUGGCCAGCAACGAGGCCAAACACUCUAUCAUCGCCCCUUGUCUUCCCUCCAUCCUGUCUUCUUGUGUUUGAAAAGUCAAUACCAUCAAUUACCCCAAGGAUCGCUUCUCAGAACGCUGCGCCCUCAGCCCAUAGACUGCCCAGGGGCAAACGACCGGUAUUCAGCCGUACUAGGACAUGAAAACGUGCUGGGCCUCGCGCAUUGUGACACGCCAGUCCUUCUUCAUCUCUUGUAUUCCUGCUUUCCUUCCCCCCCAUUCUUCAGUUCACGACGGCUACCGAGGGUGCUAUUUCUGACGAGGUGGCUUCAAUAACCUACGGUACCCCGCCCGCAUCACCUCCUCCU